CCUUGCUCGGGCCCGCGCUAAUAGUUCGUAACCACUGGAUCCACCAUCGAGAUGGAUAAACGGAAAAAAUAAAAAGAGGGAAGGGUUUUGCUAGGGCUUUGAAUUUUGAAAUCUAGAGCUCGUGCAGAUGAAUCAACUACUGAGAAAUGCUAUCUCUUCUUCCGCCAGAAAUUCUCUCAUUCGGAUCGUAUCAGUUGCGGCUCUCGGGUCAGGCCUCUUAUGCGCAAACAGCGAUUCGUGUUCCGGAACAAGGAUUACUGUGUCAAUUAAUGCACCAUUCCGCGAAUCUCUAUCACUCCUGCCAUGGCAAUUAUCGGAAAAUUUGAGUCCUCGCCUAUCGUUCCUCUCUGCUGAACAAUGGAAAUUUGGAGAUCUUCCAUUAUUUACUUCUCGAGUUAGUCCUGCUCCAUCCGAGCAUAUAAGGAAGGAAGCUCCUGGAGGAGAAGGAGAUGGUGCAGAACAGUAUAUUGGAUAUAUUGGCCGGGACACUACUGCUGAUGCAGCGACUAGGGUUGGUCCUGCUGUUGUUAUCAUAUCAGUUCCGCUAGAUUUCCUUGGAAUUCCCUACGGAUACAGAAUAUGUUCUGGAACCAUCAUUGAUGCCAGUGGCACUAUUCUGACUUGUGCUCAUGUUGUAGAUGAUUUUCAAGGCAUGAGAAAAAUAUCUAAAGGGAAGAUUCAAGUAACUUUACAAGAUGGUCGGACAUUUUAUGGUACAGUGGUGAAUGCUGACCAUCAUUCAGAUAUUGCAAUUGUAAAGAUCAAUUCUAGGACUCCAUUUCUGACAGCGAAGCUUGGUUCGUCCAGUAACCUUCGCCCUGGGGAUUUGGUGUUAGCCAUGGGAUGCUCAUGCUCACUUCAAAAUACAGUAACAGCUGGUAUUGUUAGCUGUGUUGAUCGUAAAAGUAGUGAUUUGGGUAUUCGGGGACAUCAAAGAGAAUACUUACAGACGGAUUGUGCACCUGAUUUGGGCGAUGCUGGAGGACCUCUUGUUAAUAUCGACGGAGAAGUUGUUGGAGUUAAUAUUAUGAAACUGUCGAAUGCAGAUGGAUUGAAUUUUUCUGUACCAAUCGAUGAAGUUUCAAAAAUUAUAGAGCACUUUAAUAAGAGUGGGAGAGUUAUUUGGCCAUGUCUUGGAUUAAAAAUGGUCGAACUUAAUGAGAUGAUUAUUGCCCAGCUUAAAGAAAGAGAUGCCAAGUUCCCUAACGUUAGCCGAGGUGUUCUUGUACAGAUGGUGGUUCCUGGUUCCCCAGCUGAUCGUGCUGGAUUUCAUCAUGGUGACGUUGUCAUCGAAUUUGAUGGGAUGCCUGUUAAAAGCAGCAAAGAGAUAAUUGAAGUUAUGGAGGACAGAAUUGGAGUGCCAUUGAAGGUCGUUGUGAAAAGAGCAAAUGAUAAUGUGGAGACUUUGACUGUAGUUCCAGAGGAAUCAAAUGUAAAAAGUUCUCUUUGCGACAAGUUGCCCCUUUUGUGCUUCUUCAGAAGGAGAAGCCAAGUAUCUGAUUUUAUUUAAUAAGUGAAAUUAUAGUAACUACGAUACAAUGUAGUCAGUUUUUUAAUAUUGCAAGUUCAGUUUUGUUUGUA